AUGAGUUUUAUGGAAAAUUUAAAUUUAGAAACUUUACUACAUAAAAUCGAAGAUCUAAUUAAUAAUGAUUCAGAUUUUAAAGCAAAUUAUAGUAAAGUUAAAAAGAGAAAGAGUGAGAAAGAAGAAAAAUUAUUUUUAAUAAAAUUUAAUCAAAUCUUAAAGAGUUUAAUUGAAUAUAAAGAUGGUAGAUCAAUGGUUCAUAUAUUUCACCUUAGAUUUAUUCAUUCAAAUGUUCAUACUAAAAGAUCAAGAAUACCAAAAUUAAUCGCCAUCAUUCAUGAAUAUAUUAGAUUAUCAAAUAAAUCAUAUAAUGAUCAUCAUUCAACUCCAUCAUAUAAUACCAAUAUCAAUAUCAAUACCAAUAAUAAUACCAAUAAUAAUAAUAAUAAUAAUAAUAAUAAUAAUAAUAAUAAUAAUAAUAAUAAUAAUAAUAAUAAUAAUAAUAAUAGUAUAACACCAUUUAUUAAUUCUAAUAAUAAUAAUCAUUCAACAAGCAGUCCAAAUUUAUCGAGUAGUAGUACUUGUUUAGUUACUGUACCACUACAAUCAUUAUCAAGUGGUAAUAUUGGUAAUUUAGUUGAUUCAGAUGGUGAGAAUAAUAAUAAUGAUAAUUCAAACUCAAGUGGAAGUAGUCUUCAAAUCCAACAUAGUUUUGGAUCAAGCGUUGCAUUCUCUCCAAUAUCAAAAUUACAUGAACAAAUUUUAAAUUUCAAUAGAAAUAAUAAUAGUAACCAAAAUGAUGAUAAUGAAGUUUCAAAUAUUUUAACAAGUGAAAAAUCAAAACAAGAUCAUUACCAUAAUCAUAACCAUCACCAUUAUUCAACAACAACAACACCCUCCUACCAAUCAACAUCAACUACUCCACAAUAUUUUUCAAAUCCAUCAUCACCAUCAAUUCAAAUAUCAUCACCAGCAUUACAAUCAUCACCAAUUUUACAAUCAACACCAACUAUUGGUAGUAUGAAUGUUGUUUCACAAUUAUCACCAUUAUCAUCAUCACCAACUCCAACAACAUUGAAUCAAGGUCAAUAUCAAACUCAAGAGAUGAAAGUUGCAAAAGAAUUAUUAGAUUAUUUAACCACUCAUCAAAUUGAUGCUGAUAACUCUUUAAUAGGUUGUGAUGUUAAUCCAAUCUAUUUAGAUAGUAUCUUUAAAUUACGUUCUCAAAAUUCAUUUAGUAAACGUUCAUUAAUUAAAUUAAUUAAAUCUUGGGCAACAUUAAAAGAUGAUUAUCUUAUUAAAGAAGUUAGAAAAACUUCAAUUUCUUUAAAUAAUUUAGAUUUUAAAAAAGGUGAAUUAGUUAUAAUUGAAUAUCAAGAUCAAUCAAAUUUAUCUCAAAAUAAUAUUAAUAUCAAUAACAAUAACAAUAACAAUAACAAUAACAAUAACAAUAAUAACAAUAACAAUAAUAAUAAUAAUAAUAAUAAUAAUAGUAAUAGUAAUAAUAUUAAUAUUAGUAAUGAUGAUGAUGAAUUUGAAUUUGAUUUUAAUACAAAAGACGAUGAAUUAUCCAAUAUAAAUAAUAAUAACAAUAAUAAUAAUAAUACAAUAUCACCAAUAAUUAGAUCAUUAUCCCCAAUUGAUCCAUUACUUUUAGUUACAAAUAAUCAACAAAAUACAAGUUUACAACAUCAAAUAAAUUCUAAUCAACAAUUAAAUGAAGAAAUAAUUUUUAAUAAUAAUAAUAAUAAUAAUAAUAAUAAUAAUAAUAAUAAUAAUAAUAAUAAUAAUAAUAAUAAUAAUAAUAAUAAUAAUAAUAAUAAUUUUAAUAAUAAUAAUAGAAAUAAUAAUUAUGUUUUUGCAAGAUUUGAAGAAGAAGUUAAUAGAACAUGUAAAGUUUAUAUAAUACCAACUGAAGAUGGUAAACAAUUAUUAUCAGUAAAUGUUAAUAAUGUUUAUAAAUUAUCAAAUGAAAUUUUAGAAACAUUAAAGAAUGAAAGAUUUAUAGAUUUAGUUAGUGAUCCAUCUAAACCAUUCUCUCAUAUGUUAACAUUUAAAGAGAAGAAUUUAUUUAAUGAUUAUGUUGAAAAGAAAGGUUUAGAUAAUCAAAUCUUGGAUAAAUGUAAGAAUAAUACUGUGUCAAUUUUAGAUUUACCAACUUUAAAAAAUUCAAUUCAAAUCAUUGGUGAAUUAGAUAAGAAUAUUCAAACCUCAACUUUAUUCUCAAGUGUAAUUAAAUUGGCGAGACAAGAAGCUAAACCAUUCUUGGAGAAUGCUAGAAAAACUUGUUUCUAUAUACCAUUAUAUGCAAAAAUGGAAGAAAUCGUUAAAAAUAUUGAAACUAUAAGAGAGACUGAACUUAGAUCAAUGGUUCAAACGGCUUUCAUCUCUUUGGAUACUUCUUUCUAUAAAGUUCAUAAUGAAAAAAAGGAAAUAUUAGAUAGUACUGCAAAAGGAAAACUUUCACAAUGGUGGUUAGCUUUAAUUAAAGAAAAUUUAAAUUCUUUUCUCACAAAGAUUGGUUUCGAUUUUAAUGCUGUACCACAAGAUUAUUUAGAUAAACCACCUCAAAAUUUAAUGGCUGUUAAACAUAAUUUAGAAAUUCUUCAUCAAUUAUUAGAAAUUCCAACUUUAAUUUAUAUACCAUCAUCAAGUAAACAAUUAUCAAAUAAUCAACAACAACAACAACAACAAUUACUACAACAACAAAAUGAAUUACCAAAUGAAUCACCAUCUCAAAGAGAAUUCAAAAGGGUUGUAAUUAAAUUAGCAGAAACAAUUUAUCCAAUGAUUGAUGAUUUCGUUUUAAAGAGUUAUUUAGUUAUUUUAGAUAGUUUUGAUAUGUUUACAACAGCUAAAAUCACAGAAUUGGAAGAAAAAGGUUGUUUACAAUUGGAAUUUGUUAAAAAUUUGGUUUUAAAGAAAAAAGAUACUUUAGAGAAAAGUAAAGCUUCUCAAUUGGAGAAAUUAUUAAAAGAUAUUCAUUAUUGCAUAGAAAUGAAACAACUUGAAAAUGUACCUCAAGAAAAACGUUUAGAUAUUGUAACUAUCACUGGUUUAGUAUUUGGUAGAGUUCAUAGAUUAGAAAAUGAAAUGAGAACUGUUGUUGAUAAUUGGAAACAUUUAGAUAUUACAAAUUUCGUUGGUGGAGGUAUAAAUAAUAACAAUAACAAUAAUAAUAGUAGUGGAGCAAGUAUUGGUUCACAUAAAAGAGCAAUCUCAAGUAGUAGUGGUGAUAGUAAAUGGUCUUUUGGUGACCAUCAACAAAAACCAUCAUCAAAUCAAUCUAAAUUUUUACUAAGUCAAAGAAAAUCAAAUAGUAAUGGUAAUUCUCCCCUUGGUGGAAGUACCAAUACAACAUCAACAAAUAGUAGUAGUAAUAAUAAUAAUAAUAAUAAUAAUAGUGCAUCUUCAUCAGCUUCAACUUCUCCAUCCUCUUUUGUAAAUUUUAAUAAUAAUGAUAAACCAUUGCCAGGUUUAGAACAAUUAAAUGUUGAUGAUUAA